AUGCCGACGCUUGCGCUGCAGCUCAAGGGCGACUUUCAGAACGUGACGCGCCUUGUGCCUACGGGCGGCGUGGACGCUGCGCUGCUGCUCAACCUCGAGUGCAACUCGUGCCGCGAGCAGCACCCGAAUGCCGUCGCGCUGGAGCCCUCUAAUGUCGACGAGAUGCAAAAGAGCCGCGGCGAGGCCAACCUCGUGAUCAACUGCCCGGCCUGCCGCCGCGAGAACUCGGCCACGUUCAUCGUCAAAAAGCCGGGCUCGAAGGACGAGGGCAAGCUCGGCGAGGUCUCGCCUUGGUCCGAGGUCGCAGCCGACGACGGCGCGCCGGAAUGGCACACGAUCUGCUCGCUCGACUUCCGCGGCAUCACGCCGCUCGACCCCAGCAUCGAUCGCGUGCUGCCGGACGAUGCGACAUGGACGUGCUACGGCACCGAGUCCAACACGCCUUUUACCGACGUCCAGUUUGAGGAGGGCGAAUGGCACGACUAUGACGACAAGGCCAGCGACGAGGUCGGCAUUACCGACGUCGCAUUCCGCUGGCAAAAGGUAUAA